AUGCCAGGCAAGCGUCGCCCGCGGGCGGCAGCCCCCAUGGCGGCGGAGGACGGGCUCCUGCUGCUGCAGAGCCGGGCGCUGGCCGAGGAGGAGGCGGCCAAGACGAAGGGGGAGAUGCUCACCCGGUUCCUGAAGGACAAGCUGGCCAAGGAGGAGCGCAGCAGCACCCUGAACCUCCACAAGCUCAGCGCGCAGUGGCGGGCGGUGUUGCGGGAGACCAAGGACAAGGAGCUGCGCCAGGACGUCGAGAUCCUCAGCCAGACCUUCGCGCGGGUGAUGGACUGCAAGGACAGCGUCAUAGAGUCCCUGGCCACGGACCUGGAGGAGGCGGAGGAGCAGCACGCCCAGGCCCUGCGCAGCCACCUGCACCACGUUGACCGCCUGCUGCAGCUCCAGCGCUGCCGCCUGGCGUGCCUGGAGGAGGGGUACGGCGCCCAGCUGGAGGCCCUGAAGACGGAGUUUGAGGCUGAAAGGAGGACCAUCCUUGAGCAGCACGAGCAAGAAAGCUGCUACCUGCGGGACGUGGGGCGGGCCAUGAAGCAGAAUUACACCAAGAACGACCACGAGGCCACGCUGAAUUUCCAGAGCGCCCGGGAUGACAUCAAGAACAAGAGCCUGCAGGAGAAGCAGUACAGCCGCAUGCAGCUGGGUGGGAAGGCGGAGGUGCUCUGGGAGCAGUUCCAGCGGGCCAUGCAGAGCUACGCGGAGGCCACCGAGCACCAGAAGAUCGCUUUUGAGGCGCUGAAGCAGAAGGACGAGAAGAGCUCCAGGGAGAUAGAGAUGCAGGCAAAGAAGCUGCAAAAGCUCCAGGACUCGGUGGCAGCCACCAAGGGCCGGAUCGCGGCUCACCUCCGGGAGAGCGAGGAGCGGAACCGGCGCGCACGGGAGGAGAAGGAAAGGGUCCUCCGGCAGCUCCAGGAGCUCAAGAGUGAGAUGAACCAGGCCAGGGCUAAGGCCCACGGCAGCCUGGCUGGGCUCACCGCGCAGAGCAGCGCUACCCUGAAGGCGCUGGCGCAGGUGGCGGAGAAGGCCCAGCGCGUCCUGCGGCUGGCUGAGAUGUGCCGCAGGCUGGAGACGGAGGAGGAGAAGGUGCUGCCCUUCUACCCUUCCUCGCUGGCGGAGGGGGAGCGGCGAGACGCCCAGCGUGUCCUUGAGGAAACACCUGCGGAGCCCCUGGCCCGGGCCAUGCGGGACUACGUGGGGCUGGAGCGGUUCUGGCAGCGGUUCAACAAGGCGAAGCUGGAGGAGCAGGCGCUGGAGCGGGAGCGGGCAGCCCUGAGCCAGAGGAACCGGCACCUGCGGGAGCUGCUCAGGCAGUACCUGGCGGGGGUCUCCAUCAGCCAGGAGGUGCUCGCCGUCCCCAACCCGCUCCUCGCCGUUGAGCAGAAGAGCUGCGUCCCCCGGGACUUGCCCCACGCCGGGGGGGACCGUGCACAAGGUCAUCAGGGCGCCACACACCCCAAAAGCCUCCUGGGAGGGGACGCCCACCUGGAUCCCAUCCCUGGCUCCGCCGGCACCGGCUGA